CUCCACCACCACCCCCUCCGGAGCGGAAUGGUUUAACCCGCCCAGAGUGAGAAAGACGGGCAGCACAAAGGAAGCUGCUCGGUUCGGAGGGAGAGAUAAUUGGGCGCAUGAUGUAAACAUGAAAUAAAAAAAAGAAAAAAUAAACAAAAAACAGAGAGGAAGAAACCGCAAGGCUGCUUUCUCUGUUUCUCCCCUCCAUCGCGGUAGUCCAUUAUCGGCGUUCAAUAUUACAUGAGGUGCUGGCGAACAACCGCGCGUCUGUCUGGACAUCGCAGUGAGAUAUAGAAGCCAAGAGUGCAGGAGAGGAAAGAAGGAGUUGAGCAUUGUUUCGUCUUCGCUUCAGGGGUUUUUCUUUCAUUCAUUUUUUCCUGGAGUUGUCUUUGGACCGAACCUCUCUGAUGUUUUCAAGCUGAAGAUUUUCUUUGCUGAUUUUUAUUUUAUUAUUUUCAAUCCCAUCUUCUGGUCUCGGGGAUGACAAAGGAAAAAACACGCCAAUAUGUUGCGUUUCUGAGCUCCUGUGGCUGUAAUCCCAAACACCAGCGUAUUGCCUGUCAGCUGACGCGCUCGGUGUGAUUCCUGCCGAGCGCACACUUCCCGGUCCGCUGAACAGCAGAGAGAAACGUCUCCAUGGGUGAAGUCCACUGAUCCAGAAAUCCCUUCACAUCCCCUCCACCCCUGACCCCUGUCCUCCUCUUUCUCCCUAAACCUCCCCCUCUCCACUUCAGCCAUCAUGACGUCCACCAGUCGGCUGCUGGGUUUGGCUGAGGUGGGGCUGAAGUGUGACCAGGAGAUUGAGAGGAGAUAUGAGAUUGUGCCCUCAGUGGUCUGCUCCAUGUGCUGCCUCUUUGGAAUCAUCUAUUGCUUCUUUGGCUAUCGAUGCUUCAAGGCCGUAUUGUUCCUCACAGGACUAAUGUUUGGCUCCGUGGUCAUCUUCAUGCUGUGCUACAAGGAGAGGGUGAUGGACACUCAGCUGAGUGUGGAGGCGUCCGUCGGCAUCGGCCUCGGCAUCGGGACCUUGUGUGGCCUGGUGACCAUGUUGGUUCGCAGUGUGGGUCUGUUUAUGGUGGGCCUGCUGCUGGGCCUGCUGAUCGGAGUGGCGUCACUGGUGGUCAUGGAGGAGUUCUACCACCCCAAAACAGUGUGGGUUCCUUUGGGCAUUCUCUUGGGUUCUGGGACGCUAUUUGCCGUCCUCACUCUUCAGUGGCAGCGCUGCUUCGUCACCUUCUCGACCGCCACGUUCGGCUCUGCCAUCAUCACUGUCACCGUGGAUUAUUUUAUAGAGCUGUUCGCCUUGGUGCACUACGUCUAUGAGAGACUCAGGGUGGCCCCAAAGAGGCCGGUGUGCUGGUUUACUUGGGUCAUCUUGGGUGUGUGGCCUGUCCUGGCACUGCUUGGAGUGCUCAUCCAAUGGAAAGUCACUGCAGAGGGAUUUUCUCACACAGAAGUGGUUUUGAGCCGGCAGCAGCGGCGGGUCCAGCUCAUGCGGAUCCGGCAGAGGGAAGAGAGGCUGAAAAAGGAGAAGGAGAACAAGAAGAAGAAAAAACGACAGAGCCAGAAGACCGGCCACAAGCAGAAGGCCCACACCCAUCACCACCACCACCAGCAGUACCACCACCCGGCGGCAUCCCACCCACAUCACCAAACCCAGAGCUCCCAGCCGCCUAAAGUCCCUCCUCCGCCUCCUCAGACUGAACCUGGAUACCACCGCAAGGCCAAUCCGAAGAGACGCUUUGAUGGAGACGUGUUGUCACCGAGCUACAUCCGGAGCUUCAGAGACAGACAGACUGACAGACGGGCGUACUCCCAGAGUCGAAUGAUGAGCCGCUCUCGGAUGGCUGAACUCGACUACGACUGCGGCUCUCAAGUGCCCCUCACGGCCCCCUCUGGACCUCCAGUUCGUAUCUGAGGCAGUGAAUUGGACAAAUCCACACACAGUCCAAGUCUACUUCAAAACUUCUAGUCACAGUGAAGGACAGAAAACCCAACCUUGCCGUGCCAACCCAAUCAACUGCGUGGUAGCCCAUCUGGAGCUCAGUACAUCCCAAAGGUGGUUCGACCCACACUGAUUUUCCUCCUAAGACCUGUUGUAUUUAUUUGUCCACUUACGUCUUGUUUUGCUCUUUUUGAACAUCAAGAUAUCAGAACGGUGGAUUUUCUUCGAGAAGGAGCAAGAAAAGUGGGUCAUCACGUAUUGUUUUUGGCUUUUCUGUUACUGUAUUCACCCAAAGGACGCUGGAAAACUUGUCCUAUGUGGAAUUAAGUAAACUGCCUCUGCUGAACAUUUGGUUUAAAACUUUUUUGGUUUGCUUCAAGUUAUAAGAAGUAAUUUCCUGUGGGAGUGCAGUAGGAGGGGAAAAAAAUGUCAAAACCACUGCUCUCCACAGGAGUGCCACGCCAUUUCAGAUAAAAGUGCGUAACAGGACUUUCAUGGAGUUGAGGUAAAACUACUUUUAAUGAACUUUCACUGGUUUCUGCUUCGAAGGUAAUUAGAGGAGGAAACUUUAAGGAUUAUGAUAUGAGGAAAAUGACACAUAAAGAACACAAAAAACACCCUGAAACUCAAAGGCAGCUCCUUAUAGUUUUCUCCAUGUGAAGCAAAAUAUUCCUGAAAUCAGCAUUUUACCUUCACUGAAGGCCUGUAAAUCUGGACACGGCAGCACAACAUUCAGAACGGGGACCAGUUUUCGGAGUGAACUGGAUAAGCAGUUCACACCAAAGACAAUUCUUUGCGUUACUUCUUAGGAAUUAAUGUGUCAUUGCCUGUAUUGUUGCCAUUUUCCCAGGAGAAUGUGCGUUACAUCUUGUCACUUUUCCUUGUGUCCUUAAUCGCCAACUGUUCCAAAUGUGGGCCUGAGCAGGAGGCACAUCCUUCCCCGCUUCUUUCCUCUUUCCGGUAAAUUUAAAACGUUUGUGUAAGCUAUGUAGUUCUACUUGUCGACAUGUCUCUAAGUGCUCUCACGUCCCUCUUCUGCCUCUUAUUCCCAAAACAAUUUACCUUUGCAGGUUGUGUCAGCUGUUGAAAUGUUCUCUUAAGGCACAAAGCUAUCAAAUACUGCCAUACAGGAAUUUGAGUGUUGUCAUGAAAUCUGUUUGACAGUUUGGAGAGGUCAACACACGACAGGGAAAAUGGAAAAAAGAAUAGUGUGUUUUAGUGUGUGUGAGAGUGGACAUGUGAGCCCUGUGGCAAGUGAUGGAUUGUACCAACUGCUGGCCAAGGAGAGGGGGAUCCAUUGUGGUGUACGCAGAACAUGCAAUUUAUUCCCUCUUUUUGAGCCAGUGUGGUACUCCAGUUAAAAAUGUUGCUUCUAUUAAGUCUGGACGAAAUCUUAAAUAAAAAAAAGGAGGAGUUUUAAAAAGAAGAUGAUCUCCUGUAACAGAUGAGACGCUGAGAAGAUGAAAGCAUUUGCUAAUGGCGCCCUCUAAUGUUUACUGCUGGACCUUUUAUUCCUGGAAUUUCUCUGUGUGUUUACAUGCAUUUGUGUGUUAGUUGCUUUAAAAUUCAAAUGUGCUCCUUACAUUGAUAUUGUUGUACUAAACAUCCAGAAAGGAAAGGGAGUCUGUACAGGAGGUAUUUUUAGUACAGUGCAGUUUAAAAAAAAAAAAAAACUCUAUGGAACUGUGAACACCAAUACUGCCAAUGUUAGAAUUCCCAUAGAGGCAAAAAUAUUGCUACAAAAAGCAACAAAUGAAAGAUCCAAUGGUAUAAAAGUGAAGAAAUGUUUGAAAUCGCACACCAGAGUGGCUACUUGAAUUGUGCGCUUUAUGUGCUUUUUGUAGACUUUUAUUUCUGAGGUUCAGACCAACAAAGUAGCGCUACUGUGCUUAAAUACUAAAGUACCACUGAACAGUGGGUGAUACUGGAAUUAAGAAGGACUUGCAGCUCUUUGCAAAUGGUGGUUCGAUCAUUUGCAUCAUAACCGUAACUGCAUGAAUCUUUCCAAUGUGUCAUUGUUGUCAAAGUUUACUUUAUUGGUCCUGAGGUACAUAAAACACUUGUAGAAAUACAUCUUCUCUUCUCUUCUCUUCUCUUCUCUUCUCUUCUCUUCUCUUCUCUUCUCUUCUCUUCUCUUCUCUUCUCUUCUCUUCUCUUCUCUUCUCUUCUCUUCUCUUCUCUUCAGUUUAUCCAGAUAAAGGGCUUGAAAAAGGCAUUUGGCUCAUUUCCCUCUUUCUGACAUGUAUUAUGCUAAGUCACCUUCUGUCCUGCUGUAUAGUGUUUUGCAGUAGUGGCUGUUCUGGUCUCCUUUUUUGUGUUUUUUAACUGUAGUGCAGUUCUAAUGCCGCCAGUCUUUACUGGGAAAUUAAAUGUCAGUUCUAAACAUUGGCCCCGCUCUUGCUUGUAAUUUGGGGACAAACUGUAAUAAUUCUUUCACUGAUUUUCUUUUUUAUUUGCUUUGUCUUAUUUCUAAUAUUUUCUGUGAUUUGCCUGUCACUUCUUAAUUAUAUGUCGGGGGAAACCUUUUGAUUGUAGAUAUUGACCUGUAAAUAGUUUUUAAAUGUACAAAUCGUUUGGCUUCAUUCCCAUGUUUACACCACGUAUGUAAUUUAUGCAGCUGAUUAUUUUCUAAUGGCCUAGCCCUGCUACAUUGUGAUGCUACUAUAAGUCCGGUUGGUUUGAUUUGGCUGGGUGGUUGAUGCACUUUUUGUCCCGGUGUUUCAACAGCUGAUGUUGAAAAGCGCUAAACUGAGCCUUGACUCUGAUUCAUCAUUGUCCUGCCACCCACUCUAAAUUUGUACAAAUCAUGUUAUUAUUAUUGUUAUUAUUAUUAUUAUUAUUAUUAUUAUUAUUAUUGAGCAUGGAUUUAUAUGGACCUAACAUAUGAUAAACAUUGUGAUUCUACAAUCCAA